UCUGUGGGUAUGAUUUGUGAUGUCAACAGAAUGUCAAGCGUAGACAAUAUGGCUGUAGGCAGCAAUAAUAAUAAAGUAAAAUGUUAAACUAAUAUUAGAUUUUUUGAAAUAAGUGUCAGUUUCAAUUGUGAUUUGAUGAAUAUUUAAAAAAUAUACGAUGAACGUAAUGUUGCCGUCAUUCACUCCACCAGUGGUAAGACGGUUGCUUGGUUGGAAAAAAGGCUCUGAUGAUGACAAAUGGUGUGAGAAGGCAGUUAAAUCGCUUGUAAAGAAAUUGAAAAAAUCUAGUGCUUUAGAAGAACUCGAACGUGCAAUUUCUUCGCAAAACCAUAACACAAAAUGCGUGACAGUUCCAAGAGCUAGACCAAAUGUUGAUUUGGGAAAUAUCCAACAACAAAAAAAAGGACUACCGCAUGUUAUAUAUUGUCGUCUGUGGAGGUGGCCAGAACUACAAUCACAUCAUGAGCUCAGAGCUCUUGAUCAUUGUGAAUAUGCAUAUUCUUUAAAGAAGGAUGAGGUUUGUGUUAAUCCUUAUCACUAUACAAGAAUAGAAAGUCCUGUUUUAGCGUUACCUGCGAUUUUAGUACCUAGACACACUUUGGGCGAUGAGAAUAAUAUAUUUCCUCAUUCACUGGAAGAUUUAAGCACUUCUGUACCAGAAAACACUUCAUUUCCUCAUGGUGCAUUAGGACUUAUGCAACAUACUGGUGGAUACCCUAUGGAUACUGUUGGAAUUUGUCCAAACGGUACUCCAUCUAGUAUGGAAUCGCCAUUAAGUAUUGUACCUCCAACUGAAACUCCUCCUCCAGGAUAUAUGUCAGAAGAUGGAGAUCCAAUUGAUCCAAAUGAUAACAUGAGUUUAUCAAGAAUAACUCCUAGUCCUCCUGUAGAUGCGCAGCCUGUAAUGUAUUGUGAACCUACAUUUUGGUGUAGUAUAAGUUAUUAUGAACUUAACACUAGAGUAGGUGAGACCUUUCAUGCAAGUCAACCUUCUAUUACUGUUGAUGGAUUCACAGAUCCAAGUAAUUCAGAAAGAUUUUGUCUGGGUCUCCUAUCAAACGUGAAUAGAAAUACAGUUGUGGAACAAACAAGAAGACACAUAGGAAAAGGAGUGAGACUUUACUAUAUCGGUGGGGAAGUAUUUGCAGAAUGUCUAAGCGAUUCGAGUAUAUUUGUUCAGUCUCCCAAUUGUAACCAAAGGUAUGGUUGGCAUCCAGCUACUGUUUGUAAAAUACCACCUGGAUGUAAUCUAAAAAUCUUCAACAAUCAAGAAUUUGCUGCAUUGUUAUCACAGUCUGUUAGUCAAGGCUUUGAAGCAGUGUACCAAUUAACAAGAAUGUGUACUAUCAGAAUGUCAUUUGUUAAAGGCUGGGGUGCAGAGUACAGGCGACAGACAGUUACCUCUACUCCAUGUUGGAUAGAAUUACAUUUAAAUGGUCCUUUGCAAUGGCUUGAUCGAGUUUUAACUCAAAUGGGCUCACCAAGGUUACCAUGCAGCUCAAUGUCAUAAAAAUAUACACUAAAACUAGAAACAGAUUGAUCAGGUUAAGUUGUGGUAAUUUUGUGACAAUACCACCUAUGUUUUUUUUAUAUUGAACAUUAAUUAGUGAGGUUUGGGUUAUAAUUUCACAUUUAAUGUAUAUUGAGUUAAAGAAGAUAUAUUAAUGAACAGUUAAAUUAGGCUACCUAAAAUAUACAUGUUAUUAAAAA